AUGUGCCUGUCUGCGCCCUCGCUGUCCUCGUCCGCCGCUCUGAUCCGCUUCACUGGCUGCCUUGCCAACUGCCCCUCCCUCUCCGUGAAUCCGGGAUUCGAGCUCGCACUUGGCGAGACCCUGGUUACGCCCGCGUUGUCCGAUACACAGGUUCUAUCUACCUCCCUGCUGUUCGAUUACUCGGUGGCCGAGGUGGUGUGGCUAGGGGUCCAUGGUCCGUCCUGA